GGUCAAAUCUAAUAUUUAACUUCUACUACCCAGGUCUCUGUUUUUGCUCAGAAAUUCAAGCAGAGCUUUUGGGGAUCAGAUCAGAGAGGCACUACACAAGCGGUGCCCUGUUUCAAAGCCUUUGAAGAGAGAAAGAGUCGUGUAAUCUUUUCUCCUUGGAGCUAAUGGGUGGAGAACGCAAACUCUACACUCUAGUUGAGGUUUCCGAGCACAAUGACCCAAAGGACUGCUGGCUUGUUAUUGAAGGCAAGGUAUAUGAUGUGACAAAAUUCUUGGAUGAUCAUCCUGGUGGCGAAGAUGUUUUGUUGUCUGCAACAGGAAAGGACGCAACUGAUGAUUUUGAGGAUGUUGGCCACAGUAGCAGUGCAAGAGCAAUGAUGGAAGAGUUCUAUGUAGGAGACAUUGAUUCAUCAACCAUCCCCGCCGAGGUCAAGUACACUCCUCCCAAACAGCCUCAUUACAAUCAGGAUAAGACAGCAGAGUUCACUAUCAAAUUACUCCAGUUUUUGGUUCCCCUUCUAAUCUUGGGUUUGGCUGUCGGCAUUCGCUUCUAUGCCAAAUCCGCAUAAUUUUCGAUACCAUGACGGAAAAUUAGGACUUUUACAAUAAGCUCAAUGAGUGGUGGAUAACCACUUGUUAAUUAUUUUGUGUUUAAAACUGUUAACAUCGUUGGAAUGCAUGAUGGUAACUUCUUUCUUGCGAUUA